CCUGACCGCCUCCGUCUCACCUUUGCAUUCGUGGUCGCAAGGACAUGGCCGCGAGCGGAGCUGAGCUGGCGCGAUACAAAAUGAGGGAAACAUCUCCGUUCACCGCUGGGCGUGAACGGUGAAUGAGCAAUGACCGGAGUGUGAGGUUGCCUUCCAGAGCGCGCAAUUGGGGCAGCUCUUGUAGCGUACCUGGGGGGCUACGAAUUUCAGCGAAGUGUGGCCUAUUCCUGGGAACUUGCUCUUGCUUGCUGCUCUGGGUAAAUCGUGCAUUAGUGUGUUCGCUUGCCGGAUUUGUCGUCAAGUCGCCGAUAAACGGUGCCCAGGUCGUAGCGCUGAUCGUAAGAUGGUCUAGCCGCUGUGAUGCUGCGCGGAGGUUGCUUGAGAGCACAUGUCGCGCUUUCAUGAUGGCGUGCAUGCAAUCGAGUAUCUGGGCGUUUCGUGUACAUUCGUGUUGGCUUAUCGAGGGAGGCGCACAGCGAUUGGUGACGUUGAAGUAAAGGUGGUGUUUCGGUGGACCCGGGCUUUAGGCGAACCAAACGGUGCCCCGUUUCUCGGGUCCACAACUUCUGCCGUGUACCCUGCGUCUGUCGGCUGGGCCUCAUUUUAACUGCUUUUGCC